AAAACGGCAACGUGUUUCGGCAAGCUACGAGAAGAUACAUAAUUGAGAGAGGCGACGGUUGCAUCUCCCCACAGUUAUUGAGAAGAGACACAUCUGAUCAUCCUCGCCGAGGUCAGCUGGCCCGACUAAUUAGCCGACAUGGAGAUCAGGAGCCUGAGAGUUGAGCACUACCACGAACCAACAGUCGUCGCCGAGGACAAGCCACGCAUUUCCUGGUCAUUUGAAGGGUCGAGCCGCGGGUGGCGUCAGAAGGCAUAUGAGAUUUCCAUUCAACGACGUCUCCAGGAUGAACCUGAGAUAUUCGCUGCCGCUUCCUCGCAAUCACUCUAUGUGGAGUGGCCUUCACGGCCUUUGGACUCGCGCGAGAUUGCCACACUGCGCGUUCGGGCGCUAUCUGGAGAUUCGGUUUGGACGCCGUGGUCGCCUUCUCUGCGAAUCGAAGCCGGGUUGCUGAAGCCGGACGACUGGCACUGCUCCCUGAUCCAACCCACAACGAAGCGAGACAAAGAUGCGCCUCUUCGUCCGGUGCGCUUCCGGCGACUCUUUCAUGUGAAGGAAGCACCACACAGCGCUCGGCUUUAUAUCACCGCUCAUGGACUAUACGAGGCCUUCAUCAAUGGGAGUAAGGCUGGGGACCAUGUGCUCGCCCCGGGCUGGACUACUUACGACCAUGAGCUGUCGUAUCAGACCUUCGACAUCUUGCCGCAGUUGCAAGUAGGGGCAAAUGUGAUCAGUGCGGAGGUCGCCGAGGGCUGGUAUUCCGGCAGACUGGGAUUUGCGGGUGGCCAGCGAGAUAUUUGGGGUUCUUCGGUUGGCUUGUUCGCCCAGCUCAUGAUUACUUACGACGACGGAACCAUGGAGAUUAUCGGAACCGACAGCAAUUGGACGUUCAGUCAUGGCCCCCUACUCCAGGCCGAAAUCUACGAUGGAGAGGUCUUCGAUGCCAGGCUGGACCUCCCAGGCUGGAGUGAGCCGUCGUUUGUGGAGAAGAACUGGCAGACAGUCGGGCUCGGCAAGCUGAACCCUUCCAUCUUGCGGGCACCUGAUAGCCCUCCGGUGCGUCGGAUGCAGGUUUUGCCUGCACAAACAAAGCUGCAGUCCCCCAAAGGAAAUGUCAUACUCGAUUUCGGACAGAACCUUGUCGGCUGGGUGCGGUGUGAACUUUCCGGUCAAGAAGGACAUACGAUUCGGCUCAUUCAUGCUGAGGUCCUGGAGAACGGCGAGUGUGCUACUGCGCCGCUUCGCGACGCCAAGUGUACGGAUACGGUGAUUUUGUCCGGAGAGCCUUUUGUUUAUGAGCCUCGAUUUACAUUUCACGGCUUCCGCUAUGUCCAAAUCGAAGGCUACACCUUCGACGAAAUCAAGCUCGGGAACUUUUGCGCCGUGGUAAUUCACACAUCCAUGUCUCGAACGGGUUGGUUUGAGUGUUCGGACCCUAUGCUGAAUAAAUUACACGAAAAUAUCGUCUGGUCUAUGAAGGGCAACUUCGUCUCCGUUCCUACGGACUGCCCGCAAAGAGAUGAGCGCCUCGGAUGGACUGGAGAUUUGCAGGCCUUCACGCCGACGGCAACCUAUCUAUAUGACACCGGUGGUAUACUGAAAACUUGGCUCCGCGGACUAGCUUACGAGCAAAACGAAGAUGGCACCGGUGUACCGCCGCUGUUCACACCUGAUAUCUGGAAAGGGCGGCCGAACAUAGCAUCUGCAGUCUGGGGGGAUGCAAUCAUCAGCGUACCAUGGGACCUUUACCAAGCUUCUGGCGAUACGGCAUUGCUCCGCAGUCUCUACGCAAACAUGGAAGAUUGGUUGAAGAGGGGAGUGAAACGAGACGAAAACGGCCUUCUAUGGGACCCCGAUCAUUCUCAGCUUGGAGACUGGCUUGAGCCUACUGCACCAGCCGAUGACCCAGGCAAUGGACCGACGGACGAGAUUCUCGUAUCAAACGCAUUUCUCAUCCGCAUGACAGAUCUCAUGGCUUGUAUCUCACACAUCUUGGGUGAUGACCAGCAGAGUGAGCUGUACAAGAAGCAAGCAACCGAGCUGCGUAUGCAAUUCUCUCACUCUUACAUCACUGAUAAAGGAAGGGUUGUGUCAGAUACACAAACGGCCCUGGCGCUGGCAAUCCAUUUCUCCCUCUUCCCAACCACCCGUCAACAAGAUGCCGCCGCCGCGCGGUUGGUUCAUCUGAUAAAACGCAACGCCCGCUUCAAAAUCGCCACAGGCUUCGCAGGGACGCCCAUCCUUGGACAUGCCUUGAACAAGAUCGGCCAGCAUCAAUUGUUCUACCGGAUGCUCGUGCAUCGGAAGCCACCGUCCUGGCUUUACCCUGUGACUAUGGGCGCGACGACCAUCUGGGAACGCUGGGACAGCAUGCUUCCCGACGGCACACUGAACUCGUCCAACAUGACGAGCUUCAACCAUUACGCACUGGGCGCCGUGGCGAAUUGGAUGCACUCCACGAUCGCGGGUAUUCAGCCCCUGGAGCCCGGCUGGAAGAGGAUACGCAUCGCUCCGGUACCAGGAGCGACGCUCUCGUCUUGUCGCGCUCGGUUUCUGACUCCUUACGGCGAGCUGGAAGUUUCGUGGGAGCUGAGAGACGGUCAACUGCAUCUGACAGCCCGAAUCCCGGGAAACACAGAAGCAGAGAUCACGCUCCCAGGCGCAGAGCCUCAACUUGUGGGAUCUGGGACGCAUGUCGUUUCUCAUGCUUAUUCUCCGCCUGACUGGCCGCCGCUGCCUAUUUACCCUCCAUUUGUACCGCAUGAUGACGACGAGCCUUGAGGGGAAUGUAUAGCCGGAUGGCAGUGACUGCGGGGCAGGAAUUACUUUUAGCUUGAAGACUCUUGGUUGGAGAUGUAUUUGAAUAGAUACGAGACAGGUCGUUUUGAACUUCAGCCUUUUUUUUUUGUAAUCCCAAUGGCUUUUGAUAGGUUUGUUGAGUUUGGCCAAUCAGCAAGACUGAUCUGCUCAUCAUGCACGACAGGCGAACUACGCCGCAAUGUCUUAUGAAACACUCUCAACCCGUAACUCUGGAAUCAGUCAGGGGUAACGGAUAGUGGCGAUGACUCGGUUUAUUUCAUCGCGGAUGAAGUCCAGGAUCUACACGUCUUUACUGCCGUUGUCUAGCCUCAGCAAUCGAU